AUGACGUCUUUGCAUUCGAAUUCGGAGUACAUUCUAGCGAAAAAACUGCUUGGCCAAGGUUCUUACUCGAUAGUUUAUGAAUGCAAAAGUAGAUCCAAUGGGAGGCAUUGUGCGGCCAAGAAGUACAGAAAGAAACUAGUGUAUGGUAUGGAGAGUUUACUACAGAGCGAGCUUGAAAUAUUGAAGCUGGUUUCCAAAUCGCAUAAACAUAUUUUAUCAUUAAUCGAUUAUUUCGAAACCAAAGAUUGCUUUUAUCUACUCACUGAUCUAGCUCAAGGUGGUGAUCUAUAUGAUAGGAUUGUAAAUGGUUCAACUUGUGGCCGAUUGAAUGAUUCGAAGGCAAGAAAUAUAGUAUCACAGUUAGUUUCAGCGGUAGCUUUUUUACAUAGCAAUAAUAUCGUACAUCGUGAUAUCAAGACGGAAAAUAUCUUUUUCCAAGCAAUAGGUGAAGAUGACGAUUCCAUACUAUUGGGCGAUUUUGGUUUAGCAAAAGUCUUGAAGCCAGGAGAGAGAUUGCAUGAUAUUUCUGGAACUUUGAGUUACAUGGCGCCGGAAAUGUUUGAUAGAAAAGCAGGCUAUUCAUACCCGAUUGAUGUCUGGGCUAUUGGAGUUUGUUUGUAUUUUAUGCUAGGUGGGUAUUUGCCGUUUGAUUGUGAAACGGACGAGGAAACAAAAGAUGCAAUUAUGGGCAAAAAAUACUUGAUGGAGCCAAGCGAGUACUGGACUGGAGUGUCAGAAAAUGCCAAAGCAUUUAUUCUAGAUUGCUUUAGGGAUGAGGAAAAUGGCGAAAGGCCCAGCCUGCUGGAAUUGAAAAACAAACCAUUCCUUAUAGAAGGCAAUGUCAUUUUACCAUCCCCUGUUGAGGGCAAUACUACUGCUACUGCUACUGCUACUUACAGGACAAUAUCAACACAAGAUUGUCAACAAAUAAAAAACAUUCUCCUAGCAAAUGAUUCUACGCUUAAGCCAAGGGAAGAGCUCGAAUUAUCGGAAUUAUAUCCGGAUUUCGAUGAAACGGCCCAAUUACCUGUAUUCCUCGUCCAUAAUGACGAGGAAGAAGUGACCGAGACAAGACGAGCAUCGGGUAGGGACUUUGCUGCUGCUGCUGCUGCUCCUCCUCCAAUUGCAGAGAGGAAUUUGAAGACCCCAACAUUUAAGAAGAUUCAGCUUAAACUUCCCAAUCCCAAUAUAAAGUUCAAUAAACAACUACUAGAGUAUGGAUACCAAGAGCCCUUGAAAACAUAUAACAAGGUAAUUCAAAAUACGUAUAUACGUCCCUUUCAACUACCUUCUUUUACUCGCAAGGAUCUGAAUUCGCAAGAGCUUGUAAAGCAGUUCCUCGACAAAAAGAAAAACUUGGUUGAAUACGAUAUGGAUGAGCAAGACGUCUUGUUUCUCAAGGCAAGAAACGAUCAAAGCAAAAAUGUGAUUAAAAUCACUUUUGAAAUAUUCGAAAUCAUGAUAAGUACUUUAGAAUCGGAAUGGAGCAAAUUGGAACACCAAAUGAACUCGGUUUGCAAUUUCAAUAAUGACAACGGAAGUAGUUUUGGUGGUGAUUAUGGUGGUGGCAGUGGUGGUAACUUGUCGAGGAAACUUUUGACAGUGGGUCACAAUAACGCUAGGUAUGGGAACGACGAUGGAAUUGAACCGGGUUCAAUAUACGAUCAAAAAUGCGCAGUUUGCAACGAUAGUGAUUGUGACAAUUCAAAUGCAAUUGUGUUUUGUGAUGGAUGCGAUAUAGCAGUACAUCAGGAAUGUUAUGGUGUUGCAUUUAUCCCUGAGGGGCAAUGGCUUUGUCGUAAAUGUAUGAUUAAUAAAAAUAAGAAAACCACCGAAUGUGUGUUUUGCCCAAGCACCACUGGUGCAUUCAAACAGUUGGAUAAUAGCUUAUGGAGUCAUGUUAUAUGUGCAUUGUGGAUUAAUGAAUUAUAUUUUGCUAAUCCUGUUUAUAUGGAGCCUAUUGAGGGCAUUGAUGCUAUUCCAAAAAGUCGGUGGAAAUUGACUUGUUAUAUAUGCAAGCAAAGAGUUGGUGCGUGUAUCCAAUGUACUAAUCGAAACUGUUUCCAAGCAUAUCAUGUCACAUGUGCAAAGCGUGCUGGAUUAUAUAUGGAAAUGACCCAUGGCAUAAAGGGGGCACUUUUGAAUAAAUUAUCAAUGAAAUCCUUUUGUGAGAAACACAGUCCAGCUUCAUUUGAUGUAGACUCUGUUCUAAAGGGAAUAGACAAAACGAGAUGUUAUUUUCGAGAUAUCAAAUUACUUAACCAGGAAAAUGCUCGAUUGAGUAGUAAUGAAAAGUUUGCCAAUAAAUUGAAUAUCUUUAAAUGGAAAACUGAACAAGGAGCACCAAUAGCACCGAAAUUGUUCAGCGACAUUUUGGUCAAAACCAUGUAUAAUUUGAAAGUUGAAAAUCAAAUAAGCCUACCAGAGGAAACUACGAGUCAGGUUUUAGAGUUAAGUCGACUACCUAAUAGGACUAAAGCGGAGAUUGAUGAAGAUUUGCGCUCUAUCGCCAAUGAAGUAUGUAGAUAUUGGUGUUUGAAAAGAGAGUUGAAAAAUGGUGCACCUUUGGUGAGGAAGAAUAACAAUUUGAUAUCAACAAGCUCGAUCCUUUACGAUUCAAAUAAUUUGGAAAGUAAUGGUAACAAUUAUGAUCAAGGUUCAGUAAUUGAAGAAAAAUUGCAAUUUGCCAAUUUGUUAGUUGAUGAUUUGGAUAAAUUGAUUGCUAUUAAUCAAGAUGUGAUGGAGCGGCAAAAAGAAUUUAAGGAGAUGGAGCUGUUGAACUUGGAGAUAGUUAAUACUGCUUACUUUUCUUUGAAUACAAUGAUCUCGUUGCUACUAAAUACACUUGCUGCUAAGCAUGACACAAACGAGACGCUCAAGAACUAUAUACCGAAAAACAGCGAAUGCAAGAGUCUUUUCCAAAUAAUGGAGUAUAAUGAUCGUUAUGGGUAUAAAACAGUUGACGAGUUUCAGAAAGAUGCAACGAAUUUAUGGCAAUGUGUCUUUACUGAGAAUAAGCCUAGUUUUAACAUCUACAAAAAGAUGAAAAAUUGGAAACGGGAUUUCGAAAAGAACAUUACCAAACUAAGUGUAAGUAGUCAUGAUGAUUUAUUACGUUUUCACCAAUUUAAUUUGAAUGGUACAGAUACAACAAUAAGAGAAGUAGAUUAUCAACAGGUUCUACAGGAGAAUGACCUUAGUGAAAUUGAAGACGAGAUGAACACUGAAGAGAAUAAUCGGCUAUUUGAAGCAUUUUUGAAUCGUAACGAAAUUAAUGAGGAUGGGCUUUAA